CCAGGUACGGCUGUGCGAAGACUCUGCUACGAAAAAUUCAAGGAGGCAUUUCCCGACGACUACCAGGAUAUUCUUAGUGCAUACAACGAAGCAAAUCACAUAGGCUCGGCUUCAACUCUGAAUCAGCAUCAACAAUCAUUCCAAAAGCUCUACAGACGAGUAGCAAGCUUGCUCGAUUCUGCUUCAACGAGAUUCGGAUUUGAGGCAGCUAUUGUCUUUUGUGGCAAUAUCGUCAACCAGGAUGCCUCUCUGGGUCAUGUACACACAACACAGUCUGCUGCAGGGUUCUUCGAGACACGCUGCCGUGCCAAUGACGAUACCAUCAUUGGGCAUCUGAAAGCUCAU